UCUUCCUGGAUACUGAUGAUGUGACACCAGUUCUCACUCCCCAUUGGGUGUGGGUUUCCAGAGAAGCUAAUCAGCGUCGCCGCGGUUCCCGGUUAUUAAGUGACCGCAGAGCUACCCGGACUCAGCGCCGCCUCAGACUCCGAGGAUGGGGGUCACGGCGCCCCGAACCCUCCUCCUGCUGCUGUCGGCGGCCCUGGCCCUGACCGAGACCUGGGCGGGCUCCCACUCCCUGCGGUAUUUCUCCACCUCCGUGUCCCGGCCCGGCCGCGGGAAGCCCCGGUUCAUCGCCGUCGGCUACGUGGACGACACGCAGUUCGUGCGGUUCGACAGCGACGCGGAGAAUCCGAGGAUGGAGCCGCGGGCGCCGUGGAUGGAGCGGGAGGGGCCGGAGUAUUGGGAGCGGGAGACACGGACCGCCAAGGGCAACGCACAGAAUGUCCGAGUGGCCCUGGAGACCCUGCGCGGCUACUACAACCAGAGCGAGGGCGGGUCUCACACCAUCCAGAGGAUGUUCGGCUGCGACGUGGGGCCGGACGGGCGCCUCCUCCGCGGGUAUCAGCAGCACGCCUACGACGGCGCCGACUACAUCGCCCUGAACGAGGACAGGCGCUCCUGGACCGCGGCGGACACGGCGGCUCAGAUCACCCAGCGCAAGUGGGAGGCGGCCGGUGUGGCGGAGAGACACAGGGAUUACCUGGAGGGCACGUGCGUGGAGUGGCUCCGCAGAUACCUGGACAACGGGAAGGACACGCUGCAGCGCGCGGAUCCCCCAAAGGCACAUGUGACCCACCACCCCAUCUCUGACCAUGAGGCUACCCUGAGGUGCUGGGCUCUGGGCUUCUACCCUGCGGAGAUCACACUGACCUGGCAACGGGAUGGGGAGGACCAGACCCAGGACAUGGAGCUUAUAGAGACCAGGCCUGCUGGGGAUGGAACCUUCCAGAAGUGGGCAGCUGUGGUGGUGCCUUCUGGAGAGGAGCAGAGAUACACGUGCCAUGUGCAGCAUGAGGGGCUGCGGGAACCCCGCACCCUAAGAUGGGGUAAGAGGGGGUUGGGAACAUGUUUUUUCUCAGGAAAAGCAGGCGCCCUUCUGGAGUCCUUUAGCAGGGUCAGGGCUGCAGCCUGGGGUCUGGGCCCCUCACCUUCCUGUCCUUCCCCAGAGCCAUCUUCCCAGCCCAGCAUCCUCAUGGUGGGCAUCAUUGCUGGCCUGGUUCUCCUUGGAACUGUGCUGACUGGAUCUGUGGUUGCCGCUGUGAUGUGGAGGAAGAAGAGCUCAGGUGGAAAAGGAGGGAUCUACACUCAGGCUGCAAGUGGUGACAGUCCCCAGGGAUCCGAUGUGUCUCUCAUAGAUGGUAAAGGUGGUGACAGUCCCCAGGGAUCCGAUGUGUCUCUCAUAGAUGGUAAAGGUGGUGACAGUCCCCAGGGAUCCGAUGUGUCUCUCAUAGAUGGUAAAGCCUGAGACAGCUGCCUUGUGUGGAACUAAGUGUUCACACCUCCUCUUUGUGACUUCAAGAGUCUCUGACUUCUCUUUCUGCAAAUGCUUCUGAAUGGCUUUGCAUCCCUGUUUGCCCAAUGUGAGGAGGUGGUGAGGGCAGCUUACCGCCAUGUCCAUGGUGACCACUUGUCCCAUACUGACAGCAUAAUUUCUUCCUGAUUGUCUUACCUGUUGCAGAGAGGUGGGGGUGGAGGUCUCCAUCCCUGUCUCAACUUCAUGGUGCAGAGUUGCUUUCCUUCUGAAAAUAAGAAUUUGUAUAUAAAUUGUUUUCUCAAAAUUUUUCCAUGAGAGAGGUAAGAAGUGAAAUAAAAGGACAACCUGAGAACCUU